AUGAUCCGGGAGGCUUUCUGUUUGAAAGCUGCACGAGUGCGCGGCCUCAGCUCUAACGAGGCUGCGACGUACGUGAGGCGCCUUAGCACGGUAUUGUGCACGGCUUUCUGUUUGAAAGCUGCACGAGUGCGCGGCCUCAGGUCUAACGAGGCUGCGACGUAUGUGAGGCGCCUUAGCACAGUAUUGUGCACGGAGCCGGGCGCGGCAAGUCGGCGAGCAGGAACGCGCGCGGGAUGGUACGGAGGCUGGUACGGCAGUGGCGGCGCCGGCGGUGGCGGCGAAGGGGCUGUCGGUGGCGCCAAUACUGCUUGUGGCGACCGCGUCCUGCCAGCUCUAAGGCUAAGGAAGUCGGUCGCGGCAGCGACAGCUGAGGACGAUGACGAAUCUUCGCGAAAGGCUGGAAGCUGGCAAAGGUGCUGCGCGUUGGUGGCCGAAAGGUCCGAAGUGACGUUGAGUCGGUGCGAGCUCGAGCUGCUGCUGCUGCUAAGGAGGAUCGCAGAUUUGAUUUGGCUUGCUGCUGGCAAAAGUUGCGGUGCUGGCGGCAAUAUCGGGGCGAGCGGCAUCGCUUGGGGCGCCGCACGAGACGCAACGACAUAG